GCCGGGCCAUAAGUGAAAGGCCCGGGCGAAGCCAGAACUUCGCAAAUCUCAAGCAAGCCCUCUCCUCUUCAGACCUGUGAAUCGCUUUUAAAGCUCCCUUUAACUAUCGUACUGUCCGUGAUGGCUUCUGAGAGUAUUGAAGAGAGAUUCAAGAGUGAGCUGCUCAGAUGUUAUGAAGAAAGCAAGAAAUAUCUUUUCCCAAAGGCUGAGUACUACAGAAGGAUAGGCAGCAUUAAAUCUUCAUCAGUAAAUAGUCAUAUGAAGAGUAGAAGUGACUAUUAUCUUCUAUCCAAAUAUGAAGUCCUCAAAUGCGGUGACGUGGAAAAGCUUAUAAAAAACGGACAAAUGCAGACGAGCCACCCCUGUAUUAUGUAACUACUGAGGAGACUUUUGACGUCAUCAAACGUGUUCAUAUUGCAACAGGACAUGGUGGGCGUGACCACAUGAUUAAGGAGUUACAACGAAAAUAUGCCAGCAUCACAACAAAGGCCUUGGAGCUCUUCAGAUCACUGGGUGAGGAAUGUCAGAAGAAAAGGAAAAGACCAAUGACCAAGGGUGUUGUGGUCCGUCUUAUCCGCAGCAAGGAAUUUGAAUCUAGGAGCCAGGCUGAUUUGACUGACAUGCAAUCAAUGCCACACUCCAACUUUAAAUGGAUCAUGGUGUACCAUGACCAUCUCACCAAAUUCUGCAUUCUUCGUCCUCUUCAAACCAAAUGUGCUGCAGAGGUUUCUUUCCAGCUUGUAGAUAUCUUCCUUUUCAUGCUGUUCUUCAAAGUAAUGAUAGCUCAGAGUUCACAUCCAGGGUGAUUAGUGAGCUAAAAGAAAUAUGGCCAAGUAUGAAAUAUGUUCAAACUCCUCAGAUACUUCAAGGUCACCAAGACCAAAUUCA